CACAGCGGGCCGUCCCGAGGUGUGGUUUUCACUCCGUGGCUCCGAGCAAGCGUUUCCGGUUCCGCUGACUGGGUCUCCCGGGCGAGCUCUGGGCCUGGCGACCGGCUGGAGUGGACGCGAGGGUGACCCCUGAGGGACGUGAUGUUUCCGAGGAGAAGGAAAGCAGGAAGACAGGGAGACGCCACGACUCGAAAGAGUGUGAAUGACAGAGGUGGUGCCAUCCAGCGCCCUCAGCGAGGUCAGCCUGCGCCUCCUCUGCCACGAUGACAUAGACACCGUGAAGCACCUGUGCGGCGACUGGUUCCCCAUCGAGUACCCAGACUCAUGGUAUCGUGACAUCACGUCCAACAAGAAGUUCUUCUCCCUUGCUGCCACCUACAGAGGCGCCAUCGUGGGAAUGAUAGUCGCUGAAAUUAAAAGCAGAACCAAAAUACACAAAGAGGAUGGGGAUAUUCUAGCCUCCAGCUUCUCCGUGGACACCCAGGUGGCGUACAUCCUCAGCCUGGGCGUGGUCAAAGAGUUCCGAAAGCAUGGCAUCGGGUCCCUUCUACUUGAAAGCUUAAAGGACCACAUAUCGACCACUGCCCAGGACCACUGCAAAGCCAUCUACCUGCACGUGCUCACCACCAACAACACAGCCAUCAGCUUCUAUGAAAACAGAGACUUCAAGCAGCACCACUACCUGCCCUACUACUACUCCAUCCGCGGCGUCCUCAAGGACGGCUUCACCUACGUCCUCUACAUCAACGGCGGCCACCCGCCCUGGACAAUCUUAGACUACAUCCAGCACCUGGGCUCAGCGCUGGCCAACCUGAGCCCCUGCUCCAUCCCGCACAGGAUUUACCGCCAGGCCCACAGCCUGCUCUGCAGCUUCUUGCCAUGGUCAGGCAUCUCCAGCAAGGGUGGCAUCGAGUACAGCCGCACCAUGUGAUGCCCGCUGGGCAGCCUCCACCAGUUCCCACCCUGCGGCGCCCUGGCGAGCCCGCCUUCCUGUCCAUCUGACCUCUGCUGUCCUCUGCAAGGAGCUGGUGACCCCCUGCCGGGCCCGUCGGCCUGCUCCAGCUGCAGGCCCGGUGCUAUGCGGGCUCAGAGCAGAGAGCGUGCCCAGCCUCCUCACAGGCUCCCCAGCUCUCCUGGCUUCUGGAAGCUUCUGCCUCUGCCCGGUGCCCUGGUCCUGCCUCCACACUCAUGCAUCCUCCCCACCAGGCGGCUGGCCAGGGGGGCUGCUCUCACCGGGAAGGGCGUACUGCCCGGGCCUCUCCUCCCCUGCCGCCUGUUCCGUCGGCCCUUUCCUGCAAGCUGAAGGGGACUGUGUGCCGCGAGGGAGCGGCACAAGUGUUACAGUCGUGUUUGUCCGCAAAGGCGCAGGAGCCUCAGAACAAAGUGGAGGGUGAAGGAGUCCGGGCCCCCAGUCCCCGGCCCCCCCCAAGGUGCCUGGAGCAGCGGCCGGGGUGGGGAGGCUCUUCCUGCGAGCACAGAGCUCUGGAGCUUAGCUCCCGGCUGUCCCCAAGACACCGGCCUGCCCGCUGGGUCCUGGGCUGCUCCGCACCCCUGGCCUGCCGCUGGGAGCUGGGCUCAAGACAGGUUGUUCCCCUCCUUCGUGCUUCCAUGAGCCGCAGCUCCAGGGCCUGGCCUGUGCAGAUGGGAGACUGCGCUCACUGGUCUGGUCUAGCCAGGGCCAGAGGGCAGGAGUGAGUCACAUGCCUGUGGCCCCUCAGCCUCCGAGGGCAGAGGCCGCGUCAGCUCUGAACUGUGUUUGCAGUAUGCAGACAUCACACACAUCUAGCGUUCCUUCCGCCCUGCAUCCCCUAAGAGCCAUUUGCUGCCUGUCCUGCCCACCAGAGCGGCCAGGAACCAGGGAGGCAGGUCCACCCAGUGUUGCUAUAGUGUCCAAGCCCCGUGGCAGAGGGUCCCAGCCCCGCUGCACCGCUGGCCUGUGCGAGAGGGGAGCCAACCCAGGCAGCUGGGACCGCAGUGCCCUGAGUGUCCCAUCCCAGCUGUACAGCAGGGGGAAGGGUCCUCAGCAUGCUGGCAGCCCCUCCUGGGCAGCGUCCUGCGGAGUGGUCCAGCCUUGGCUGCUGCUGGCCGUGUGCUGCCGCCAUGGUGUCCUCUGCUCAGAAUCAACGGUGAUCAUGUGAUUAUUUCUGCCCCAUCGGGUGAGGGAAGAGUCUUCCAGAAGGUUCUGCCUUGGACAUUCAGAAUCCAGCUCAGAUGCCUUGCCCGCCCUCCCCCACCCUGCCCCCUUAAUCACUGCAUUGUCCAGCUCUGUGCUGAGCGGAUGGUAGUGUUUGAACACCAACGAAUAAAUAGACUGUGAGUGGG